AGAGAAAAUAAAAAUACCAUUUUUAUUAAAAUGAGAGUGGGGAUUGGAAAGAUUCAGAAUAGAGGGGGAACGUAUCAGUUACAGAAUACAGGAAACCUGUGAUAUUCAGUUGUUUUGUGUAAGAAUGAAUGUACUGUGUACUGUAUGAUCUCUAUUCUAUUCUAGUUGAUCUUCAGCUAAAAUUAAAAAAAAAUUGCAUUCACAAGUGACUCUUAUAAUUAUAUAUCACUAAGAUGUUUCUGUAAACAUGUUUUUUAAACAUACACAGUGAAUUUAUACAUGGUAACCUCUUAUUUUCUCUUUUUUUAUCAGACGCGAAACAAAGUUAUUUGUUUUUUUAAGAAUAAAAUUUUAACGAAAUUAGUAAGUAUGAAUAAAAUUUACGAGAGAAGCAAAAGAAGAAUGUAAUUCUGAAGCAUGGGAAAAAUGUAAUUCUGUUUUAUAACAAAAUAUUAUCUCGCAAUAAACAUUCCAAGAUGUUGAAAAGAUGAAUAGAUGAAGAAAAAAAAAGAAGAAAUAGAGGAUUAAGUUUAGAGUAAAUGCUUCAAAAUUAUUUUAUUGUAAAACAAAGAUGGAACCAAUCAAAUUUCUCACUGUUGAUGAAGAUAUUUCUGAUCAUUCUGAUGAAUUUCAAAUAGAGACCAACUAUAUGUUCUUUGAUCCUUUCAAACUGGAGGAGAGGAAACAAGAACUGACUGAUGCACUGAAAUAUUGUAUAGAUCGGUUAAAAGAUGAACAGAUUAUUAUAGAUUUACAAAAUAGUCGUGAUACCAUCUCAAAACGUUCCCAGCUUAUGGGUAAAGAAAUCCAUCGCAAAAUAAUAGAUAUGCUACAUUUCAUGAAGUUGGAGGAUGACAAGGAAGUGAUUAAAUAUGAGAGAGAAAUGCUAAACUAUUCAUUGGAAGAAUUAUCAUAUAACAGCAAGGAACAAGAAAUUAAUAGCAGUAAACAUGCUGAAAAGGAUAUGUCAACCCUUGAUCAAUUAUUCAAAUUUCAAACAGAAGAUCAAAGCAUGGAUUAUAUAUGUGGAAAUUCGAUAAAAAUUGAAAAUAUAGAAGAAGAAGAAGAAGAAGAUCCACUAACAUUAAAUGAGAUCAAUACUAAACAAACAUAUCUUAGUAUUGAAGAACAUGAUAAAAUUUUAGAACAGCUUGAUAAUGAAGAGAAAACUGGUGACUUAACACAGGAGGACAAAACAUCGAAGAUACCAAUCACAUUUAUAAAAGAACCUGGAGAAUAUUUGAUAGGACAAAAAAGAUCAAUUAUUCAACAUGAAGAAAAAACAUUGAAAAAGAAAUGCGUUGAAGACAAACUUGAAUCCGUUUUGCAUACAUGGUUUCUCCAAAAAAGAAGCAUCGGGGAUCCUGUGACAGAAGCGAUGCUAAAAUGGAAGGCAUUAGAGUACAAUCAAUUAUUUAAUGGUAGCAAAGGUUUCUUUGAAGACAUUAAUGAUUUUAUGGACAAAUUUAAGAAAAAAUACAAUAUUAAAUAUUUGACAAAUCAUGGAGAAAAAUUCUCUGCGGAACAAGACAUAAAUGACCAUUUUUAUCAGGAAUUUGUAAAAUAUAUCACGGACAAUAAAAUACCAUUGGAUAAUAUUUAUAAUGCUGAUGAAACUGGACUCAAUUGGAAGAUGCUGCCAAAUAAUUAUAUUUUCAACAGUGAAUACCAUUUAUCUGAAACAAAAUCGUCUGAAAGCAGAGUUACAUUAAUGGUGUGUACAAAUGCGACAGGAAGUCAUAAACUACCAGUAUUUAUUAUAGGAAAAGCAAAUAAUCCACAUUGUUUAAAAAAUAUAAAAUCUCUGUCAGUCGUUUAUAUGAAACAAAAAAACGCAUGGAUGGAUAAUAAACUGAUGUCAAGAUGGUAUCGAGAAAUUUUUUUACCAGAAAUCGAGUGUGUUCAUAGAUCCAAUAAUGAGAAAUGUCUCCUUUUAAUUGAUAAUGCUCGUAGUCAUGUCUUUACAGAACAUUUAAACUCAAUUAAUGAACGAUGUCGAGUGAUUUUUUUACCACCUGAUGUGACUUCCCUUAUUCAACCUAUGAAUCAAGGAAUUAUUGAAAAAUUGAAAAAAGUAUACAAGAAAAAACUUCUAAGAGUAAUGCUUACAGCAGAAAGUGCCAAAGAAAUUCCGAGACUGUUGAAGUCAUUUGAUAUACUUAAAUGUAUUUAUUUUAUAAACGAAGCCUGGAGUGAAGUGACAGAAAGCGAUAUAAAGAAUGGCUGGAGAAAUUUCUUUCCACUCUACUCGGAUCUAGAACUUGACUCUCGAUCAUAUUUAGAUAUGGUGACUAAAAUUCCCAAAUAUAAUAAGAUUACAUUAAAAGAGAUUAAUUCAUGGUUGCAUAAUGAUGACAAUGAACAAGGAUGGCAAGUAUUAGACGAUCUAGAAUUGGCUCUUCAAAAGUACCAAAAUAAUAUCGAUGAUGAAAAAAAUAAAGAGGAAGAAAAUAAUGAACAUUCAAAUGAUCUUAUUGCAAAGAAUGUUUUGGAUGCAAUCAAUGUAUUCACGUCCUGGUAUCAAGCUCAAACUCUGUGCACAUUUCAAGAUCGGCAAUAUUUACGAAAAUUUCAAAAACGUGUAUCAAACAAAAUCCGUUUUGAUAAAAAGAUAAAUAACAAAUGAAAAGUUAAGAUAUGUACGCAUAUAUAUGUGUAUGUUUAUAUAUGUAUAUUUUUUUAUUUAAUGUUAUAAUAAUUUUAUGUUAUAAUAAUUUUAUAAUCAUCCAUUUCAUCUAUUCAUCAAUUUUGCCUCAUGAACUUAUAUGCAUAUCUUCACUCAUCUAAAUAGAUUAUGCACAAUGGCAUUUUUACUUCAUGUAUGAGUUAAAUAUGGACGUUUUUCAGCAAGGGACAAUUGACACAAUGUAUUACUUCAUCCUUGCCAAAUGUAAGCAAGGAUGAAAUGAUUCUGUGUUAUGGCUGUGUCAUUUAUGUUGCUUGCUGAAAAACGCCCUAUGAAAUAAUAUAGAAAUAUAAGAGAAAAAAUUAAGUUUACUGAAUCUCUUAUAUGUUUAAAAAUGUUUUAUAUUCGUAAUAUUGCAUAUAACAAUGGAAACAAUACUGAUUUCUUGUUAUCUAAAUACUGUGGUUUGAUAAUUUCAAUAAAUUUUGUAUGAAACUUAUGUAUUGUAUGAAAAAA